AUGUCGCGCCACAAGAUCGUCAAAAACUUAGACCUGGACGACGAACUUGAUGAUUUCGAUGGCGGGGAGGACUACGGCUACGAUGAGGAAGAAGGCGAAGAAAAAAUGCGACAAGGCACAAUUAAGGUUCGCGAAGCGCUGCCACCAACUGCAGCCCAUGUCACCGACAAACAGGUCCAGGAGGCACUAUGGCACUACUAUUACGAUGUGGAGAAGUCGGUGAAAUACCUGGUGGCCGCAUCUGUGCCUACGACGCCGAAGGUAUUGAAGAAGGGAGCAGCUGGGAAGAAACCAGAAGGUGGGUUCAUUUCUUUCGGGGUGUGUUGGAGCUUUGGCCAGUCGGCGUGCAACAAGGCAUCUACGUUGGCAGGAGCCUUGUACCCAGACACAUGCUUGAAACCCUUCUCCUUUGCAGAAUUUUUCAAAGACACUCCAUGGCUCCAAGUUCCUACCGACCGGCAAACGGUGUUCAUCGACCCUAUCUAUCCUCGACUUGGGCUUCUCGGUGGCUCUUCCGAUGGUGUACCAAAAAUGUCUAAGUUGCAGGCUUUGGCCGCUGCAAGGAAGAAGAAGGCCCAAGAGCAGCGAGCAAAUAGCAAUCCUACAGGGGAGAUGUCGCGGGCUGGCCUUGAUAAAAUCGACCAUAGCGACCUGGGAGAUGCUGGGGUUGGGGGAAUGGCACCUAGCGGAUCAGCUUUACUUCAGAAACCCUCCGCACGGGGUUUUCCUCUGCGAAAACGUAAAGGCUUAGAUGAACAUGAAAGCCUUCCAAAAGCGCCGGUAGCCAUAGACGAUGCGGGGUUAAACCCCCCAGCAAGCCCAGAAGAUAUCCCAUCCGCCGGUCAAGCAGAGCCAUCUGACUUUGCCAACACAAUGUUUGGCAGCCACUCUCAAACGCCUCGGCAAUCUCCGGACAAUUUAUUUACUAUGCCUUUCGCUGCAGAUAUUGCUUCUAUAGCCGCUAACCCUUUCGCAGGCCCUAGCCCAGAUGAUAUAGUCAUAGCGGCGCAGUCGAAAGCUGGAAAGGGAGGCAAAGGAGCUCCAAAAAGUAAUGGCGAGAAGAAGGCUGCUCAGAUUGCUGCUGGGGUUGAAGCAAUGAGAAUUGAUGACACUCCCAGGGCGAAGAGCAAGCACUUGGAUGUACUUGCGGAAUUUGGAAAGGCGGAGGCCAAAAAUGCUGCGAAUUUCGUGGUUAUUGGGCAUGUCGAUGCUGGAAAGAGCACGUUGAUGGGCCGGUUACUAUAUGACCUUAACGUUGUAGAUAAACGCACGAUAGACCGAUAUCGCAAAGAAGCUGAGAAGAUGGGAAAGUCAUCGUUCGCGUUGGCAUGGGUUUUGGACCAAGGAUCUGAAGAGCGAGCUCGAGGGGUCACAAUUGACAUUGCUACCAACACAUUCGAAACCGACAAAACAUCUUUCACGAUUCUUGAUGCACCAGGGCAUCGAGAUUUUAUACCCAAUAUGAUUGCUGGAGCAAGCCAAGCGGACUUCGCUGUGCUUGUAAUUGAUGCAAACACUGGGUCCUUCGAAUCGGGUUUGAAGGGCCAAACAAAGGAGCAUGCCCUCCUAGUCAGAAGUAUGGGAGUACAGCGCAUCAUUAUUGUUGUCAACAAGCUUGACACGGUAGGCUGGGCUGAAGACCGCUUCACGGAAAUCUCCACCCAAGUUUCGGCAUUCCUUAUCGCGGCGGGAUUUCUCUCGAAGAACAUCACUUUCAUCCCUUGCUCAGGGUUGCAUGGCGACAAUAUCACACGCCGAUCUACUGAGCCUGCAGCAUCCUGGUAUCAGGGUCCUACUUUGGUCGAAGAGCUAGAUAAUUCUGAGCCUGCUGGGAGAGCGUUAUCCAAGCCGCUGCGCUUAACCAUCGGCGAUAUAUUUCGAGGCGGAGUUCAAAACCCCCUCUCCAUAUCUAGUCGAAUCGAAUCCGGCUCAUUACAAGUCGGGGAUGCAUUGCUGGUCCAGCCUUCUUCCCAAAAAUGCUUUGUUAAAGCUCUCGAGAUUGACAACGAGCCGGUGGAUUGGGCUGUUGCUGGCCAAAAUGUUACACUGCACCUAUCCGGCAUCGAAGAGCAAUAUCUGAAGAUUGGCGAUGUCUUAUGCACCCCUUCGAACCCGAUCCAAAACGUUAAACAAUUCACAGCCAAAGUCCUAGCCUUUGAAUUUCUGACUCCAAGCCAAAUUGAUAUCCAUAGAGGGCGGCUUCAUACUCCUGGCAGGAUCGUAGAGAUUGUUGCGGUUCUCGAUAAACACACGGGCGCUGUAGUAGGGAAGAAGAAGCCGAGGGUUGUGAAGCCAGGCCUGAUAGCAAGAAUCGUGGUUGAGCUUGAGGCCCCGGUCCCGCUGGAGGCUCCUGGGAGAGUGGUGCUCAGGGGCAACGGCGAGACGGUUGCAGCCGGGUUAUUGGAAUGA